GAGCAGGUAAGAAGUUUUUAUUGAGCCUGUAGAGCUCGAUGCGUCUCUGCUUUACUGGUAAAUAUAAAUCUUAUUGGACAAAAACAAUGAGAAAUCUCUAUAGGAUUACAGGUGGAAUUCAAUUUGGCUAAUGGGAUUGCAAUGAGAGAUGGGUAGAAUUUUGAUGCUGUAUUUAAAUCCAUCGAACAGGCAGGAAAAUGAAGUCUUGCUUUGGAGAGCCAAAAAAUAUCAGGUAAAAAAAAACUAGAGGAAUACUGGAAUCGAACUUAUGACAGGUAAGGUUCAGACACCAUUUUAACUACCCGUUUACCAACUGAGCUAUCAACGCUUGUUGAAAACGAGCUGCUGCUGCAUCAACAUGUUUUAGCUGCAGGCAAAAAUAUGAGGAAAUUCAAAGAAAGAGAAACAAACUAAACCAGAACCAGCGUGGCAUUUUUCGUAGGAUAUUCGAGGAUGCAUGAUUCCAGCUGAAUAGGAUUCAACACAAAUCCAAUAUUAAAAGGAUUUUAGAACGAAGUUCGAAUACCACAUGUAUACCAACAUUCUGUUAUUGAAAGAGUUAUUUUAUCAAAUUAACAAAGAUUGACAUUAUUUUUUUGAGUUUUGUUACGACAAAACAAUUUGUGUUACCUUUUAUUGUCUAAAACUGAGAAGAAACGCAACGUGUAAACGAGCCUGAAUCAAAGCAAAGUGCGCAGGGCGCAUAAACGUCAGAGCUGCUGUAGAUGCUGCUGCCGCGAUGGUGCUAUCUCUCUCUACGAAACGCAACUUCCGUCUAGCUAAAAAAGCCAAAACUCUCGCCCGUGCCACACACGAAAUCGCUGCCGCAAAAAUAACGUACGUCAGCCUCUCUCUGCGUCACACCAGGUAAAACCCAAAAAAUCAAAAUCAAACCAUCCACAUUAACGACCCCCGGGUCUUUUGUGGUCUCUAUUGCAAGUUUCUGCUCGAACCUAGGAGUCCGAAGGCUUGAAUGGGGAGAGCACCCAAACCUCUUUCUACUCCAAGGAACCUUCCACCCCAGUGUUUGAACUGACGACCUUUGGAUUGCGACUCCAACCGCCGCCAGCGAUUCCACCGGAGUAGGCUUGGUUUGGUGUGUUGUUUGUACUUAUGGCAUGGAGACGACUCCUACACCUGGAUUGACUUAACGGCCUAACAACCAAGGCCGGGACCGACAUUUUACUUCCUCAUCCGAUGGAAGGUUGGAGCAGAUGGGAAUCGAACCCAGAAUCAUCCACUUACAAAGCGGACAGCGUAACCAUUCGGCCACGCACUGCUAUCCACAGUAAAACCCACAAACUGUUAAACCCUCGAUGGGAGUGCUAACCUACAGUUUGUUUUACUUCACCAGACAAAUUAUCGCGAUUCUGGCCACCUCAUCCGCCGCGCACGCUGGUGCCACACGGAUACGGACAAAGGAGACAGUCCAAAUCCAGUCAGUCUAAGGUACGUCGUGAAAUUUACCCGUGAAAUGCCUCAAAUGACGGUCCCUAUCGUUCGGCAGAUCCGCGACGCGCCGGAACUUACCGCCAACUGCACGAAGGCCAAGUCCGGCGGUUGAAAUCACUCGGACCGGUGGUAAUCACCGGCGACUGGUUGUCCGUGCAAAACUCCGUGCCCAGCAUAUUCCCGGAGAAAGAACCCUCAACAAGAGGUACUACAUCUGAAACCUGGUAAAGACAUCCUUCUCACAAGCUUUGGCUUUCCAGGGUUCUUUUGCGCAAUCUUCAACACCAUUUCACCGAGAUUCGGUGGCCAUCUAGCGGGUGAGCGAGAAUCCGUGUGUGUAUGUAAAUUCAGAGGAAGCGGCGAGCCAGCGAAACACAACGAAAUCAAUACAUACACACGCGCUCUGUGGGCAAAGUCGUGUGACGACAGUAACAGCGGACGGGGAAGAACGAGAGCGGCGCUAGUAUUGGUGAGUUGAUUAACGUCACCGAUCUGCACCAGCUACACCAAAGCACGCUACACCGUAGCCACUGCAUGCGGCGGCUCUCGGUGGAGUCUUAGACUCGCCUCGGAUCGUCGAGGGAUCUCAAAACCAGUGCGAUCGAGCGCUGGUCGUCAAGUAUUUCACGGCAGCGACAAGUAAAAGGAAGAAAAGGAAGAGAGCUCGGAGAAAGAAGAAGGUCUGAGUAGAUAAUAAGAAUGUUUGUUAAAUAUAAGAAACAAAAACUUAGCAUUGGCUAAUUUUCAUCUAAGCCGCGAAUAUUGCCUGCUGGAGAUUUUUUACAAACCAAAUGAUGUGCCGGGCCGGGCAUGAACUAAAUGAGCGCAAAAAGGUCUCAAACAUUCAAUUUUCUGCUGGGCAUUUUACUUAAGCUCGCCUUCGCAAACUUUGAUCUUAAGGGCAUUUUGUCAUCGUUUGCUUAUUCGACCUUACUUGUUUUAAGUGUGGUUUGAUAGCAAGGAUUAGAACUAGAUUAGAAAUAGUAAUAAUAGCGCCCAAAGUUAAAAAUUCACACAUUUUGCUGUUGUUUGGUGGAUGCUACGAUUGACUGAAGACAAUCUUGUGUUUUCAGUGUUGUCAAAAGCUGUCAUUCAUCUUUCGGGUGUGAAUUGUGAGUCGUGUUGAGUCGUUCAGGAUGGAUAUUCUACAUUUGUCGACAAGUGAGUUGGAUUACGAACUUCUGCUGAGAAAUGCACCGGAAGCGAACAGCAGGAACAGAAGAGAGAAAACUGGAAAACUAUGUGCACUGUUGGAACAGGAAGCGAGGAGUAUGGGGGUUCCAGCAUGCGCAGAUCAUGUGAUAGAUCAGACGGAGCAUCUGACGUUAUGCAACAACAUGCUGGUGAACCUGCGGGAGCGCUGCAAAGAUGCACUGGACGAGGAAAAUGUUAAUGAGUUAGCGAUCUGCAAGAGUAAACUAAUCCACUACAGAGGGCGACUGGCGUUGAUCACGGAUUGAAAACAUUCAGGGGGUUAUAACCUAUCUGAACAAUGCGACGGUUCUGGACGGUCAGGAGGAGCGAUUGGAUCCUAAAGAAGAGCUUCUUCCUGAUGAUCAGAAUCUCCUGAACCGUUUAAUGAAUCCCAAUCUGCAGUCUAGCCUUCUAGGACGUCAAUCAAAUCCUGGAGCUGGACAACAAGCGGGAGGAUCAAACCAGAACGCUGGAAACAAUCGUGGGAUGAAUCCUUUUCCGGUUGACAUCCGGGAUGAUGUGAUUCGUCAUUUGUUGCGAGACCUAAACGUACAACCAAGACCACACAAUCUGAACAACAACAACCGUCGUUCGUUCCAGCCAAUCCACAAGUGGCCGUUCACUUACUCUGGAGAGCAGAACGUGAUGCGGCUAGCCACUUUUCUCAAGCAAGUCAAAUCGUUCGCGGACACAGAGGAAAUGGAUGGGCAAGCUUUACUGAGAGGAGUUAAGCAUCUUUUGCGCGGCAGAGCUCUGGAGUGGUACACGAGUAAUCACGAACGUUUUGGAGAUUGGGAGUGCAGGAGAUUAAAGCCGAAUUUCUGCCACCAAAUCAUUCACAAUUGAUAAAGCGAGACAUAUUCUGGAGAUUCCAAGGACAGGAUGAAACAUUUGAUGACUAAGCGCGUGACAUGCAGGCCUUAUUCGAAUUGGUGGAGCAAGUUUUGCCACCGCAAGAGAUGUUCUUCGUCCUCAAAUCCAACUUGAACCCGGAGUUUUCCGGAGUAGCCGCAGCAUAUCGGGCAACAACAAUGGCUGAUUUAUCGGCUGUUUGCAAGGACUACGACAGCAAGAAGUUGUUUUCACAGAAGAACAAAAUUGCCGUUGUACCACGGUCUGCUCUGGUGGAACCGAGCCUAGCCACACCUUUUGUCAGCAAGCAUUCUAAACCUACACAUCCGGGAUAUUCUUGGAAUCGUCCUUUUCCACCAAGACCACAGCAAUUGAUUAUCAUCGAUGAGAGCAGUCUGGAAGUCGCUGCAGUUUCAGUGCCAGCGGGUGCGGAUGCGCAUCUAGAAUCAGUUCCUGAGGAAGAGCUUUAUGAAGGUGGACAAGAGUUGUAUGCGGUGGCCGGACCAUCAAGGUGGACUCCUAGAGGACCGGUUACGGGGAACAAUCAAGGGGAGCGUGCGGUUACGAUCAGCUGCUGGCAGUGUGGGCAACAAGGACAUAUUUUUCCCACAUGUGACAAGCCGAAGACGUACCUUUUCUGCUAUCGUUGUGGGAAAAAGGACACGACUUCUCGUAACUGUGCAGAUUGUUUCGCGCGCAUGAGUCAGGCACUUUCAGCUGGUACCAGUCGACCGAACCAGGGAAAUGGACCGGCGGGGUUUCCACAUUAAAGGAGGUGGUCACGCCGCUUGCUUCAAAGAUUCCUUUGCUUAACAACAUUGAACACUUUAAAGAAAUAUCUUCUUUGAUAGUUAACACGAA